CAAAAAAAAAAUCCGAAUCAGGCUGUUGAGAUGGUCGCUAACGGCUUAAAGUGGAUUUUCCAAAGAGGACGGAGCGUUAUGAGGAAAUAUGGCGUCUUAUUUCUGUUACUCGCUGAUCUUUUUUUCAAAUCCACAAACGGGUACCUGAGCUCUGCCAGUGUUGAUCGAGAUCCUGCUUACACACCGCAGCACAGCCCAGCAGUACCAGGUCCAGUCAAAUCUACAGCAGCAGUAGCAGCGGCAGUAGCCGGUCUUUCUUCCUUCUCUUCUUCAUCAUCAUCAUCAUCGUCAGAGUCCCUAAGUGAUGUAGAGAAUCACGAGGCGAAGUGUCCGAGUGGAGGAGUGUGCAGUAAGCUGCCGGCCAGCUGUUUUACGUGUGCGUACCAUCACAACUGCACCUACGGCAAGCCGACCAAUUUCACCUGCACCACCAAGAAAGGAGUUCACUGCCUGGACGUCUCGGGUCAGCAGCAGAACGUCUUUAACCUGACGGUGGAUUGUCAGUUUUGCUGGCAGCUUGACCCGGCAAAGUAUCACUGCAACAUUUCUACCACCUGCAUGACCGUGUCGUGUCCCCGCAAACGCUACAACGCCACCUGCACUGUCCUGGACCACGUAAACUGCUUAGGAAAGAGGGAAUUUCAGAAGCGUCUUUUCUGUAACUGGACUGGAGGAUAUAAAUGGUCCACAGCGCUGACACUCAGCAUCACUCUGGGUGGGUUUGGAGCCGACCGCUUUUAUCUGGGUCAGUGGCGAGAGGGACUGGGCAAGCUCUUCAGUUUUGGAGGCCUGGGCAUCUGGACCCUCAUCGACGUCCUUCUCAUCGCUGUGGGUUACGUGGGGCCCGCUGAUGGAUCACUCUAUAUCUGAGAUAUAAAGUGACAUUAUACUACCUUUUUUUUUUUCCUUUACAAAAUGGGGAUUUCAGACUGGACUGGAAGAGACAAAAUGUCUAAAGCUCAGGUGAGAUUAAGCUUGAGCUGGCUUUUAUCAUCACUAUGCUACAGGAAAACAUAAUCACCGUGUUCAUGUAAAAACACAAUGUGUAGCUUAUGAGUGAAUGACUUCCUAGCCGUCUGCAUGAUUCCCAGUCAUGGAGUCGCGCUCGCUGGUUAUGUGAAAGUCUCGCACGCUCACAAAGACUAAGUCUCUCAGUGAGAAAUUGUAAUGCCACUUUGAUUUGUAGUGGUAAGACGUACACUGUAAGUGGUUUCUUUAGUCCUGUAGAGCCGGGGAAAUGAGCCGCUAGUGAGAAAAUGAGGAAAAAUGCACACCUGGGAUGUUGUCCUUGAUUUCUUUUUGUCUUUUUGUUUCUAAUGUUAAAAAGGAAACACAAACCUCUUGAUAAAAAGAAAGACACUCCAAGCCAUUCUGCUGUUAUGCGUGUUAAAACGUUAUGCGUGUGUUUGUGAUGUGUUUACACCAAUAAUUAUGUUUGUACCACUAUUUCUCUUUUCAUCUGCUUUUUUUUUUAUUUUUUUAAACAAAUAAGCUCCUGACAAGAGCAAUUGGUUAUAUACCUACCAAUUCUUUAGCUCCAUUAGGUUUCAGUAAGCAAAUACAUUCAAGCGUACAGGGCCGAGCGUGUUCGAUGCACGAACGGGGAGCAAUUAUAGAACUAGAACAUAUAUAAAAAUAAAAAAAAAUCACACCCUGAACAAUAUUGUGUUCUACUUUUCAGUGAAAAAUACAUUUAAAAGGAACUGCUGGGAAUUGGCACAGCAGAGAAUUAUAGUUUACACACUGUUGCACAAUAAAAUUGUCACUGACGGAGGUGUGAUUAUGUCACAAUGAAAAAGUAGAUAUGGGUUCUUUGGGAGGAAAUAAAGGACAAUCUAACUUUCUGGAACAUAAUACAGAAUGGAUGUUAAGUGUGUUACGAGCAUAAUGUUAAGCUGUCAGUCCUAGAUUUUUUAAACCCGGACUCACAUUUCUCUAGCGCUGGCCCACAAAGAUCAGCCUUGUAAGCUGUAAUCCUUUUCAUUGUGAGCUGGCAUCGUGCCAACAGGAAAACUGGAGGAGGACGUCUGUGCGUGCCAAGUGAACGCUUCUUCACCUCCCGCAUUCCGUACACACUUUGGAUUUUCUCAUCCAGCAUCUCACGGGACGUUUUUCUCUCCAACAUUGAUUAUUUUUCCAUCUGAUGCCAGUGAGCUUAGUACCAUAGACUCUAUUUGUCCAUAGACAAAUGAUUCCUGUGUUCAUGGAGAUACAAAACAUUUAGUAUGAUUUUGUGAGUGUUCAUCUAGAAAUAAAAAGAGAGCUUUGUGUUUUG